UACUCCAAUUAAAUUGCCGUCAAAAAAAUAUUUCUGCGUUAAGGAAUCUUAGAGUAUAAAAGGAGUUGGAAAAUGUUGGCAGGACCACAGUCACUGUAACGACUUCGAACGAAAUAAAUCGAAUAUAAAGAGAGUACAAACGCGACAAAAGUAAAUAUUUAAAAGCAAAUCGAAAAGUUUUGAAAAUAACUCAAUUUGUUCAUAUCCGCAAAAGUAAAAGUAUCGGAGAAGUUAAUUUCAAUUUUGAAAGUGAAAAUGUUAUUUGGCUCCUGGCAGUUAAAAUCUGCUUUAAGCCUUCUAUUGUUGGUUCCUAUUUUUGGUCAACAUCUUACUCGAACAUGUGAACGAGACUAUUGUUUUGAACGAAAUGACCCUGGCAUAGCAUGGGAAGUGAAAUCGCCUGACAGCUUAAUCAAUCGCCAUAUCAACAUCGUCGACAACCGAAUUGUUAGAGAACGAGCUCAGAUUCUUGAUCGCACCGAUGAUACUAUGCGGCAAUAUCGGGAAGAGAGAGAAUCUCGAUCUCCGGAUGACCACAUAAACACUAGAAAUGCUGAUCGGAGAAUUACACGAGAACGCUUAGAAGACCGACGUGAUGGUCAAGGUGUGGAACAAGAUCAUGAAAAUCGUUAUCGUCGCGAUGAAAAUAUAUCUGAACUGCGAAACCCUAAUGAGCAAGAAAAUCGUCGUAUUGGACAACAUAGCCAACGAACUGAAAAUCCCAUGGAUAAUGUUGUUGACUCUGAAAGGUCCCGGCGAAUUACAAAUCGACGCAGUGAAGAGAGAUUGGAACACGAAAUCCGCGAAAAAACUGCAUCACGUCUCAUAGAAACCCGAAGAAUGUUUGAAACGGAGGAAAAUGUUUCACUUCGAGAAGAAAGGCUACAAAGAAAUGAUCGAAAUGAAGAAACCUCGCGACGUCGGGAAGAGCGUAAAGAAGAGAAUAAUCCAAUCAAAUCACAGCAAACUGGAAAUUAUCGAAUUCGACAUGAACGAAAUGCUUAUAGGCAGGAGUUGGAACGUGACGUGCAGACCAGACGUGAACUUAAAACAGAACGAGAUGCACGGCGAUUUGACUCCAGGAAAGCCGAUGAUAAAAUUGAAUUGAGUGGACGAGAACGAGAUGCCCGAGAAGAAACACGUCGAAUUGAAUCAGGACGCUCUAGCGAUCGUAUAAGCGAAUUUCGUCAAAGACGUGACGAAAACAAAGACACCUCCUUGCAAGUUGAAUCACGGCGAGCUAGUGAUAGUCGACGUGAAGUUAGGGAGACUCGAAACGACGACAGGCAAGAAAAACGCGAGCGCUUGGAAAGAACCUCUAUUCGAGACGAUUGUUAUGAUGAUGAACGAUAUAAUAGGCAACAGCACUCCAAUGAAGUUGAAUCGAAUCGAAUUCGUGACGAAAACAAAGACACCUCCUUGCGAGUUGAAUCACGGCGAGCUAGUUAUAGCCGACGUGAAAUUAGAGAGAAUCGAAACGACGAUAGGCAAGAACAACGUGAACGCACGGAAAGAACCACAAUUCGAGGUGGACGUGUUGAUGAAGAACGAGAGAAUAGGCAAGAAGAGCUACGACGCUCCAAUGAAGCUGCAACCAAUCGAAUUCGUGACGAGAACAAAGACACCUCCUUGCGAGUUAAAUCACGGCGAGCUAGUGAUAGUCGACGUGAAAUAAGUGAGACUCGUAUCGGUGAUAGACAAGAACAACGUGAACGCAUGGAAAGGGCCUCAAUUCGAGAUGAUCGUGACAAUGCACGAGACAACAGGCGGCAAGAUCAUCGGCGAUCCAGUGCAGAAAAAUUCGGUCGAAUUCGUUUGGGUGGACAAAACGAAGAAUCAAAAUCACGAGUUGAAUCUCAGCGAUCUAGCAACAGGGGACUUCGUGCUUUAAAUGAACGUAAUGAGCAAAGCCGAAAGGAUUCCCAAAAUUUGGUUGAAACGGAUUCCGAUCGUAUUCGUGAUGUUCGACAACGGCGAGAUGAAAAUAAAGACAACAUUUCCCGAGUUGAACCAAGGCAAUCUAUCGACCACGAUCGUGAAAUUAGAGAUACACCUGGCUAUGAUAAACUGCAAGAACGAGAACGCAGGCAAGAGGUCUCAAGACGUAUUGAAUCUGAACGAUCAGCUGCUGAAAGAAUUCGUGAAAUUCGAGAGCGACGAGACGAAGAUAAUACGGAACGAAGCAGUCAACGAAUUGAACGACAACUUCAAGUACACAAACUUCGCAACCAGAGGAAAGAAGUCUCACGAAGGGAAGAUGUCUCCCAAAGGGAAGAUGUCUCUCGUCCUGAAAGAAUUCGUGAAGUUUCAGAGAGACGAGGCGAAGACAGUAGGGAACGAAACUCUCAACGAUUUGAAAGAGAAAAUGAAGCACAGGAACAGAGCGAACGACGAAGGGAAGAAACCUCACGACGAGUUGAAUCUCUAAGAUCUGAUAACGGUAUAAUUCGUGAAGUUCGAGAAAGGCGUGACCAGGACAACAGAAAUGAAGAACGUGAGACUCGUAUCCGACAAAAUGAAAACAGCCUCGAACGAAGACGUAAUGUCCAAUACCGUAAUGCUGAUGAUAGACUGGCUAGACGUGAAGAACGCUCCCUAGAAAAUAGAGACAAUCGUCUUCGUGAAAUUCAACAACGACGUAAUGAGAACGAAGAAAGGACAUUGCGGGAAGAAAGCACCUCUCGGCGAGAAAAGAGCGAUCGACGAUCAAUUGAAAUUCGCGAUGUAGAAAACAGAAGCGGAGAAAACAAUAGGAAUUCCGACAAUGUUCGCAACGAACGUGAACGCCGUAACCAUGAAGAUGAACGAAAUGUUCGAGACGAAGACUCUGCAUCCAAUCGUCAAAUCGUCGAGCGACGUCUUGAAAAUAACCAAAGGCAAACCGAUCGUAUCGAAAGAGAAAUAAGAGCUCGUGAAGUUCGACAACGACGAGAUGACAAUAAAUCCCGAGCACAUCCAAAUGCGUUAAGGGAAGAUCGCUCUGAGAGCAGGCAAGCGGAAUUCGAGCGAAAUAACGAAAGCAGACGGCAAAUCGAAACACGGCGUUCGAUUUCUUCAGAUGAAAAUAUUCGUGAUGUAGAUGAACGCCGUGAUGUGGGUGACAGGGUUUCCAACAAUGUACGCCAAGUUCGUGAAGUCAACCGUGAAGACGCACAAAAUGUUCGACUAGAGAGAUCCCCAUUGAAUCGUGAAAUUAGAGAAAGCCGAGUAGAUGAUAGGCUUGUUAGCAAUAAGAGAGAAACCGAACCUGGAUCUAAUAAUACCGAAAGAGAAAUGAAUCGUGAAAUCCGAGAAAGACGCAAUGACUAUAUCGGCAAUAGGUUCGAAUCGCGAAGUGUUAACGACAUUGAUCCCGAAAGGAUUCAUGAUCGACGUGAACGAGAACUCGCUCGUCGAAUGGAACGCGAGGAACCGGAAUCACGAGGAACAAGUGAUGAUGAAUUUGAAAGGAACAACGAACGGGGAAUUGUUCGUAAAGAAGAACAUGAUGAUUCUACCAGAUCAGUGAAAAGAAAUCGCGAGGUCCGAGAACAAGGUAAUGAUAAAGAAACUCGUGAAGCUCUUGCUAGACGCCACGAAAAUGAAAGACGCGAUGUUCGCUCAUAUGAUAUCGCACGGCAUCAGCACGCUGAAGAAGAACAUCGUGAAAUUCGCGAGAGACGUGAGGAAACUAGGCAAAACCGUGAAAUCCUCAGUGAAGAUAACAAUCAACGAGUUGAAUCAACGGACAGGGAUGAAAAUAUCAUAUCAAGGCAAGAAAUUGAUGAUGAUCGUGAAACUCAGGGUCGCCAUACUGAACGCAUUAGCCGAAAUGAUAUUUCACGACGAUCAAACGAAAAUAGAUCUAGUAUCAGUCGUACCCAACGCGUUUAUGAAAGGCAGGAACGUGAGUCAAGACGAUUAGUUGUAGAAGAAAAUGAACAUCUGUCGAAUCGACGGAUAGAAAAUACCAGGGAUAGCCGUGAUAGGAACUUCGAGUUUAUUAGAUCACCAAGGGAUGCAAAUGAAGAACGUCGUCAACGAGUUGAGUCCCGCGACCAGGAACGUUUGCAACGUAUAUCAGCUGAAAAUACAAGAAACCAUCUGGGUGAAAACGAGAAUCGUAACAUUCGCUACCUUGAAGAAGAAUUUGUAGUAGAGACUUCCCUAUCAUUUAAGAGGACAUAUGUAAUGCUGGGACAAGGCUUAAUCCUAUCUCUCAUUGUGGCUCAAACACUAGGCGGCAAAAUGAUAAUGAAAUACCAAAAUAUUCCACAAAAGUUACGAGACACUUUGGCUUUAUUAGGAUUUUAAGGUAUAAAUGAAUAUGGACCACACGAAAUCAACGGAAUAAUGUGACUACACUUGGAUAUGAUUCUUUAGAAACACUGUACGUUUUUUAAUUUGAUUUUAGAUUUUCGUUUUUUCUUUUUUGACCCAAACAUGUAUUUUAAAGCAAAUGUGUACCUAAAAGCAAAGUAAAUAUAUCCUUAAAUAAAAAUCAGCAGCAGUUAUCCAAUAUUUUUGUGUUAUCCGUAAAAAAAAUUUGUCAGCAAUGAGUUUAACAAUUCAAAGAGUUUAAACAAUAUACAUGUAUAUAUACAAACAAUAUUCUAUAUUUAAUUGUAAUAAAACAUCAUUCUACGCAAAUAAAUUAUGAAACAAGCAACAUAAAUGUUUAUGUAUUUACUUCUUAGAACUUAUUAGAGGAAGUGCUUAAUGCCGUGUGAGUCUAAAUUAGUUCAGCUUUACUGACAUGAAUCUUUUUUGAUACAACUUAUACAAUUUUCGAUAAAUCGGGUAAGGUUCCCAUUCAAUCUUUCUUAGAACCAUAAAACAGUUCCAUAUAUCCAUACAUGGACCGUUUGACAGUAUUUUUGGGUUUUCGACUGCCAAAAAGUUGUAUACGUCGAAAACUUGUAAUAUCUGUGUAAAACGUCAUAAUUUCUAAAAUAAUGUACAUACUAUACAUCCAAAGUUGGUUGAUAAACGUUAAGGUUGUAUUAUUGCAAGGCCGCUGGUCAUAAUAAUAGCCUUCCAUAGAAAUAUUUUCCAUUGAAAAAAUUUUUAAUAACUAACCGAACUGGCAUUAAGGUUCAAUAAAACGGCGUUUUUUUUUUUUUUGUUUGUUUUCCUAGAAUAUGUUAAACGUUAGCAUUCGCAAUUUUUGAUCCAUAUUCAAGGUUUAAUGUAAAAAUAUAAACGCCUAGAAGUAUGCUUUCAAUUUCCAUUAUAAAUUUAACAUUGCAAAAGUAAGCAAUUCUGAGCCAGCAUUUGCUUGUGACCUUAUAUUCCUUAUAUUGCUAAAAUGUAGGUGUUUUUAAUUCAAUAACACUCGAUCCAAAUUACAAAAUCUCAAAAUGAUUCCAUUCUAUUAACAUUUUUCAACUAGUACAUUUACUACAAUACUUCCCGCAUUUCGUUACUAUAACUAAACACUGCACUGAAAACCAACUUCAUCCGCCUCCAAUAAACACAACA